AUGAAUGAACUAUCUAAUGAAUCAAGUUCAACUGUGGAAUCAUCAUCACCACCAUCAACACCAGUACCACCAACAGUAAAUCCAUUAUCACCAGAUGAACUUCGUCGGCGUCGUUUGGAAAAAUUUUCCGGUGGAACAACAGCGAAAUCUCAAUCUUCGACAACUACAGCAGAUGUUAAUGACAAACAAGUAUCAACACAAUUAUCAAAUGAGCUUGCUACUUGUCAAAUUGAUUCUCAACAAACAAGUUUAACUGAUGACAAGAAUAUGGAUAUUGGAGAAAUAUCUCCUACACAUCUAUUACCAGCUAGUGGAGAACAAAAGCUGUUACAAAGUCAACAUUCAACAGGUGAUAAACGUUCAUAUGAUAUUAAUUCGAAUAGUACAUCUAAAGAAAUAACACCAGAAAAUCAAGUUGAUAAUGAUGGCAAUAGAAAUAGUACAAUUAAAAAACGCAAAUCAGAAAAUCAAUUAAAUACAGAAGAAGAACCUGUUUUUCGACGUAUUCUUCGUCAAGUAUUCAAUAUAAAUGAUCAAAAUCAAUCAUUUAUAACUGAUCUAAUUGAAUUAUCAGUUAAACGUCGAUCAAAAUUAAUUCUAUCUGAUAUAUUCCUCCGAUGUUUAACAUCGGCACAAUCUAAUACAAUUCGAUCAUUAAUUGGUCAUGAUUCAAAAUAUUCCGAUCAAUAUGAUAUUUAUCUUUGGUAUUUUUUAAGUAUUUAUACACGUUGUGAUUAUAAAAGUUCAUCUGAAGAAGAACGUGAUCUUAUUGAACAUUGUCGAUUAUUAUCUGUUAGAUAUUCUCUUAUGUAUAUAACAAAUAAUGGAAUAUUUCUUGAUAUUUGGAAUAAAACACUUAAAUUACUUGAUAUUUUAUUAAUUGAUUCAUGUCCUGAAUCUUUACAUACAUCUUUUUUGCAUGAAAUUGUCAGAAUAUCAUAUAAUCAAGAACCAAAAAUGAAGACUUGUGAAAUACUUGUGCGUACAAUUCUUUAUCGUCUUCGUGAAACAUGUUCUCAAGCAAAUAUAUAUAUAAAUCUUUUAACAUUACUUUUAAAUUUAUGUGAAUGUCGAAAUGGAAAUGAUCGACCUGUUUGUACAUAUCUUGUGAGAUUAAAUGAUUGGUUACCACAAGUAGCAUUACUUAAUGGAAAAAGUUUACAACGCAUGACACUCUUAUCACCUGUUUUUUAUAUAUCAUGUUUUGCUGAAGAUGAUAUUGAUUUACUUGUUAGUCAACUUGAAAAACUCAAUGAUCAAGAACAAGAUGAUGAUAAUAAUCAAGAUUUUUCUGAAUAUAAAGAAAAACAAGUUCGUUCAACAAUACAAAGUCAAUUGUAUACAGCUCGUAAAUUAAUGCAUAAAAUAGUACUUGCAUUUUUUUCAAAUAUAUCAUCACGUAAUGCAAUGUUAGAAUAUUUACAAAAAUUUAUUCAUCUUAAUAUCAAACGUACUCAUCUUACUGUUGAUGAAAGUCAAAUUACUGGUGAUGGUUUUAUGUUAAAUCUCACAUUUGUUCUACAACAACUUGCUUUACCAAUUGAUGUAGAACGAGUUGAUUUAAAUUAUCCAUAUUAUGCUGAUGAUCGUUUAUCUAUACCUAAAGAUCAAUCACGACUUUAUUCAACAAAAGAUGAAUUUAAAACAUAUCAAGAAAAUACUGAAAAACCACAUGAUAUAAGAUUUCCAACUGAAUGUGUCUAUCUUGCAUUACAUAUCAGUCAUUUAGGCCUUGUAUCAAUUGCAAAAAAACCACAACGAAGAAAUAAUAUUAUACGAGAAUUGAAUAGUGCAAUUAAAAAUCUUGAGCAAACACAAGGAACAUGGCGACAAGCUCCAACUGCUGCUCGACAUGAGGCUCAGCUCGAAAGACUUAAAAGUGAAUUAAAGGUAAAAAAAACGAAAUAA